AUGUUUCCUCGUAGAGCCUCAUCGCUUCGGGAACGUGGUAGUGAUGAGCCAACUUCUAGAUUUAGAUCAGACACUCCAAGGUUGGCUCCAAUACGAACCACUUACAUCGCCAACAAGUUUUCUCCACUCACAAGACAAAUUGUGACGUAUCGAGGGAAAAACCCAGCACCUUCGCGUGCCUCGUUGAAAACGCCAUCAGCAGCUCAAUCUCAAACUGUAACAGAGAUGGAUAUGCCAUUCCCAAGAUUGGUUGAAGAAACAUCCACGUCAAGAGCGGCUUGUUCAAGUGGCAUCGUCCGUUUUCCUAUCAGUGCAGCGCAGCAGGGUGGACGAUACCUUCUUCGAAUACCAAAAAAUGAUAUGUACUUGUUGACUGAAAAGAUCGCUUCAAAUUUUUCUCAUUUACAGAUAUGGUUAGAACAACUUCGCGAGACUCAUGCUAUCGAAUUUGUAGUUUCUUCCGGAUCCAAAAAGUGGGGUCAAGGUCUUCAGGUUCACUAUCUUACUUGUUCACGAAGUGGAGAGCAAAAAGAGCGGCCCAAUAAGAAAUUCCGGCGGCCAACACGUCCAUCGAUAAAAUGCGGGAAGAACUGCAUGGCUUAUUUGAAGAUGAAACAAAAUCCAACGGUUUCUGAACUGAAAAUCGAAGCAUGUCUACAUCAUAGUGGUCACGAAAUCGAUGCUUCAAAGAUUCGUCUAGAGAGGAAUGAGUGGUGCCGAGUAAUACAACUUAUAAGAGAAAUCGAUGAAGGCCUUUUGCAAAUCGACUUGCAACAUAUGACACGUAUCAGAGAAAUUCUUGGUAAUAAUGGACGGUUCCGGUUGAUGACUGACGAAGGUCUAUGUCAGCAAUUGCCGAAAUGGAUAGAACAGUACUCGCCUCAGGAAGAAUUAGAAUUAUCUGAAGUGAAUCUCGAGCCAGAAAUUGAAAUUGAAGAAGACUCAUUGCUCAGUGGAUACAAUGCAAAUAUGUCGCUUGAGCCAAAUCUCCUUUUGGAUGCGUUCCAAAACUAUGCAAUGGAGUGCCUUCCAUAUGAUUUCAUGAGUGACCUCGAACCGAAAAGUAAUAUCGCCGUUAAAGGAUAG